AUGAGCACUGGUAUUCUUCCUUCCCUCCCCCACCCUUUCUCCAUGUUCCCCAUGUCUCCGCCCACCCCCCACACUCCCAUUUCACAUUCCACCAGACUGGAAUCGGGACACUGCUCCCCAAACACGCUGACUCCACCCACCCCAUUCGGCCUCUCUCCAAUCUCAACCACACCCGUUUUGCCUGGACUACUACCAGUUUUACCACCCACUACCAAUCCCCAAACGGGUCAACCGGGCAUUAUACCGGGACAGCCAUCGCUCAACGGGUCACUCCACCGAACACUGGCAUAUUGGGAGUUGGAACGUUUAUACUACCACAACCUGGCGUUGCUAGAGCAACAGCGACAAUACACCCUAUUUCUAGAGGCGGAGCUUAGGAAAAUGGAGCAGGAGCGUCAAAACGAAGACCACGGCAACCGAGUUGUUGCCGAGCAACAGCCAAGCUACCACCAGUUUUGGGGAUGUGUGGGGGAAUCAGAACAUGAUGCGAGUGCAUCUCCAGGCAGUGAGGGGUGUGGCAUAAAUAACAAUGAUGUCACCGCCUUUGUCGAAACUUCAAACGGUGGCCUGUGUUUACGCCCGGAACACGAUUACUAUGGCAACCUCCUCAAUCAGUGUGGACAUCCACACGACAUCAAGCCCCUCCCAACUGACACAUGA